UAUUAAAAAAAAAUAAAAAAAAAUAAUAGAAAACUAUUUUAAGAGCAAAGUGUUCUGUUUAAUGUUAUUCGUCAAUAAUUCUACAUAUUAUUGCAAGUUGAAGAUAAUUAAAUAAAAGUCCUCAUAAUGGGGGACAUGUUUCGAAGUGAGACUAUGGUUUUAUGCCAAAUGUUCAUACAACCCGAAGCAGCUUACACAUCAGUCUCGGAAUUGGGAGAAGCUGGGUGUGUCCAGUUUCGUGAUCUUAACGAUGGCGUUAAUUUAUUUCAACGUAAAUUUGUCACCGAAGUCCGACGCUGUGACGAAUGGGAACGAAAAAUACGCUACAUUGAAACCGAAUUGAAAAAAGAUGGCAUCAAAUUACCCGAUAUCAUUGAUGAUAUACCACGUGCUCCAAAUCCCAGAGAAAUAAUCGAUUUAGAAGCUCAUUUGGAGAAGACCGAAAAUGAAAUACUCGAAUUGGCUCAAAACGAAGUCAAUUUAAAAUCUAAUUAUUUAGAACUUACCGAAUUACGUCAAGUUUUAGAAAAUACAGAAACUUUCUUCUCCCACCAUGAAAUGUUAAAUCUUGAUUCCAGUCAAACAAAUAUCCCACCAACUGAAUAUUUAGUUCCACAAAGUCGUGGAAGAUUAGCUUUUGUUGCUGGAGUUAUUAAUCGCGAAAGGGUUUUUUCGUUUGAACGAAUGUUGUGGAGAAUAUCACGAGGAAAUGUAUUUCUGAAACGUUCGGAUUUAGAUCAACCUUUUAGAGAUCCAGCAACUGGUUAUCCAGUUUAUAAAACAGUCUUUGUAGCUUUUUUCCAAGGUGAAGAAUUGAAAAAUCGUAUCAAGAAAGUAUGCAUUGGUUUUCAUGCUGCCAUGUAUCCUUGUCCAAGUUCGAGACAGGAACGUGACGAAAUGAUCAAAGGUGUUUGUACGCGAUUGGAAGAUUUGAAAAUGGUUUUAAGUCAAACUGAAGAUCAUCGCAAUCGAGUUUUGGCAACAGUGUCAAGAAAUCUACCCACCUGGAGUAUUAUGGUCAAGAAAAUGAAAGCCAUUUAUUAUACUCUCAACUUGUUCAAUGUCGAUGUUACCAAGAAAUGUUUGAUCGGUGAGUGUUGGGUCUCAACUAAGGACCUCAAUGUUGUACAGAGGGCUUUGUCUGAUGGAUCAGCACAAGUCGGAAGUUCAAUACCAUCGUUUUUGAACGUUAUCAAUACAAACGAACCAAGACCAACAUUCAAUCGAACUAACAAGUUCACUCAAGGCUUCCAAAACCUCAUCGAUGCCUACGGAAUAGCUUCAUACCGUGAAGCUAAUCCGGCUUUGUACACAAUCAUAACUUUCCCAUUCUUAUUCGCUGUGAUGUUCGGUGACAUUGGACAUGGCUUGAUAAUGCUCACUUUCGGAGCUUGGAUGUGUAUCUGGGAGAAACAAUUAUCACGGAAACGUGGGGGCAGUGAGAUUUGGACAAUAUUCUUCGGAGGUCGCUACAUAAUUCUCCUAAUGGGAAUGUUCUCUCUGUACACCGGAUUUAUCUAUAACGACGUAUUUUCGAAAUCAAUGAAUAUAUUUGGAUCAGCUUGGAAGAAUAAUUUCACUGAUUAUUCAAUCCUCGAAGGUCACCCAUCUUUGCAGUUCAAUCCUACAAAUUUCACCGAGGGGGUUUACCCGAUUGGUAUGGACCCUAUCUGGCAAUUGGCUGAAAACAAGAUCAUUUUCCAAAAUUCCUACAAAAUGAAGUUAUCGAUCAUUUUCGGAGUAACUCAUAUGCUUUUCGGAGUAAUUAUGAGUUUGGUUAAUCAAGUUCAUUUGAGGAAAUGGGGAGCUAUUUUUAUGGAAUUCGUUCCUCAAGUUCUAUUCUUGUUGCUUCUUUUUGGAUAUAUGGCAUUCAUGAUGUUCUUUAAAUGGGUUAGGUACACUCCCAAGACUGAAGUUCUUGGUGAUUCACCAGGUUGUGCGCCAUCGGUUUUGAUCAUGUUCAUUAAUAUGAUGUUGUUUAAGUCAACUCCACCUCCGGAAGGUUGUAGUGAGUUCAUGUUCGAGGGACAACAUUCGUUGCAAAUGUCUUUUGUAGCAAUUGGAAUGAUGUGUAUUCCUUGGAUGUUGCUAGCGAAACCUUUGUCAAUACAGUUUUCGAGGAAGAAACAUGGUAAUCGUGUGUUUGAUCAAAAUGGUGCUGAUGUGCCUUUGGGUGGUGCUGCUGCCGCUGCUGGACACGGACAUGGGCAUGGACAUGACAAUGAACCGCUGAGUGAGAUUUAUAUUCAACAAGCUAUUCAUACAAUUGAGUAUGUUUUAAGUACAAUAUCGCAUACUGCAUCGUAUUUGCGUUUGUGGGCUUUAUCAUUGGCUCAUGCUCAAUUAUCUGAAGUACUUUGGGGUCAAUUAUUAAAAAUGGGAUUUUCUGUGCCAUCAUAUUUUGUUGGACCAAUAAUGUUGUAUUUUAUAUUUGCCAUAUGGGGAUUCUUUACUUUAGCUAUUUUGGUUAUGAUGGAAGGAUUGUCAGCUUUCUUACAUACUUUACGUUUACAUUGGGUUGAAUUUAUGAGUAAAUUUUAUGAAGGACUGGGAUAUGCUUUUACUCCUUUCAGCUUUAAGGUUAUUCUUAACGAACAAGAAGAAGAGAAAUUAUAAAUUGGAUGAUGAUGAAACGAAUUUGAAUGUCUCAAUGAUGCUGUAUUAUGAUUUGUUAUAUAAAAAAAUUUAUAUGAUUUUAGUUUUUUUUUUUUAAUAAUAAAU